AUGUACCUGAACCAGCAUAUCAUGUCCCUGAACCAGCAUAUCACGUCCCUGAACCGACAUAUCACGCCCCUGGACCGAGCCACAAGGCCCCAGACUCCUACACCAACACACGCCCCUGAACAAGCAUACAAAGACCCUAAACCAACAUACACUGCCCCAGGCAAAAUACCCCAGGCAGUUCACCACGCCCCUGAGCCAGCGUACAAGAUUCCUGAACCGGCUUACCACGCCCCUAAGCCAACGUACGAAACCCCUGAGCGAGUUUACCACGUCCCUAAGCCAACAUACACGACCCCUAAGCCAGCUUACCAUGUCCCUGGAUCAAUAAACCACGCCUCUCGAACAGUUAACCACGCCCCUGAGCCAUCCUACACAACCCCUAAGCCAGCUUACCACGCCCCUGAGCCAGCUUACCACGCCCCUGAGCCAACUUACCACGCCCCUGAGCCAGCUUACCACGCCCCUGAGCCAGUUUACCGCGCCCCUGAGCCAGCUUACCACGCCCCUGAGUCAGCUUACCACGCCCCUAAGCCAGUUUACCACGCCCCUGAGCCAGCUUACCACGCCCCUGAGCCAGUUUACCACGCCCCUGAGCCAGAUUACCACGCCCCUGAGCCAGCUUACCACGCCCCUGAGUCAGCUUACCACGCCCCUGAGCCAGCUUACCACGCCCCUCAGCCAGCUUACCACGCCCCUCAGCCAGCUUACCACGCCCCUCAGCCAGCUUACCACGCACCUGAGCCAGCUUAUUACGCCCCUGAGCCAAUAUACUACACAACCCCUCAGCCAGCUUACCAAGCCCCAGAACCAAGCCAGAGCAUCCACGCAACCGCCCCUCACCCUCUUGCUUUGCCAUCUAACCUCCAAGUGACCUCGCAGCCUCGCCACCCGACGUCUCUCGGCCUCCCCGCCCUCCCGACUGCCGCGCUACCGACCCGUAACGCCCCCUCGACCCCUUUUCCCAAGCAGACCCUUGCCGUUCCACUCACUGGCCUCCGCGGUCGACACUCCGCCGGCCCUGUGAUCCACGACCUCCUCUCGACCUCUGGAAUCGACUUCGACGCCGAUGACCUCAGAGGACCUGGUCCCAGACCGCUGGCUAUGAGGUCGAGUGGUCAGUUCGACGCGACGACCACGGCUUUCGACUUGAGCGAAACUCUCUUCCGAAAUGCAGUCGACUCGUGGCCUGAUUUGCGACCUUGA